AAAUGAAUUUCGGUCCACCUCCGCCACGUGAUGCCAACACAAAACCACAAUUUUUUGAAAAUCCCGAUUUGGAUUCAUUGGCCAAACAUUUUAUCGGCAACAUGCAAAGAUAUCGAGAACAUGUAGUUAUACCCAAAAGCAAUGGACCUGUGCAAAUUAAAACUAAUGAAGAACAAAUGAUUGAAAGGGCUGUGGAAAGUUGCACCUUCAAAUCGAUAACUUCUUGUGUAAUGGGCUAUGGUUUGGGUGCCGCCAUAGGUCUAUUUACAGCUUCCGUGAAUCCAAAUAUGACGGAUCCCUUGGCAACGGAACGUAAACAAACCGCGCGUGAAAUAUUCCGUGAAAUGCGUGCCACCACACAUUCAUAUGCCAAAAAUUUUGCUCUAAUUGGUUGUGUCUUCUCAGCCGUUGAAUGUGCUAUAGAGAGUCAACGUGGUGUUACAGAUUGGCGUAAUGGCACUUAUGCUGGUGCUGUUACGGGAGGUUUGAUUGGCUUAAGAGCUGGUGUAAAAGCUGGAAUCAUUGGUGCUGCCGGCUUUGCUGCAUUCUCAACUGUCAUCGAUUACUAUAUGCGUAGUAGAUAAAAGUGUUAU